AUGUCGCCAAAGUCUGACGCACCAAAAGCUAUCUUGUACUCCUAUCCGCCUUCGAUCUGGGCGUCUGCUGGUAAGCCAAAUGAAAGAGAGAAAGGCUUCGGGAAAGAUGAAAUCACAAUAAAAACUGUCGAUCUGUUAAUGGGAGAGAAUUUUGAUCCUGCCUAUCUUCGAAUCAAUCCGAACGGAACGGUCCCCACUCUCGUUGUUCCACUCGAAAAAACCCUUUCGGCACCUGAUGUCGAAGUGCGGUACAAAGCUCUCACGGAAACCAAGACAAUCAUUGAGUUUCUCGACAGGAGCCGUACAGUCAUAUCUAAAACGAAAACGACGAGCAACGCUCCAGCCCCAGCUCUAGCACCUGUCUCGGUCGGGCUCUCCCACCUCAACAAUGAGAUCAUCGCCCUUCUCCACUCCCCAACUGCGGACCCUGGCUUUCUCAGACUGGCUUCUGCCACUCUUCCAUUCUCUUCUCCGUCAGAACUGGCGGCCGCCUCGUCCCCAGAAGUGAUAUUAACAAAAGCUUUGCUUGCAAACAAAGUUCAGGCUCUCAAAACUCACCUCCAUGGUCUCAUUUCCCCUAAUCCUUCCGACUCGCCAGUCCCAAUCUCUCCAUCUUCUCAGAAAACGGUCGAUUUUCUCAAGCAGAAACAAGCAUCGAUUUCACCGACACAUGAUAUAUUCCAUAAUUUUCCCGAUGCCCCAACUACAUGGGACGCUUCUGAGGCGGCUGCUGCAGUAGCAGCUUCCCAGAAGUUUUUCCAAACGACACGAGCGGCCUGGGCUACUCAUCUCCCGUCCAUCCUGGACGAGCUCAACUCCAAGAUUAUUGGUCCUCUCGCCUUAGGGGAUCAGAUCUCUUUAGCUGAUUUGCAUUUGAUGGCUUGGUUGGCGAGAGCCGUUAGCGCUUCUGGAGGGAGCAAUGAUAAGGAAGGCAAUGAUGCAAUUUCGAAGGGAGAGGAAGCAAAGGAGUGGAAGGUCGGGGAGAAGCUGGUCCAGUAUUGGGAAACGAUCCUGGAAAGGAAGAGCUUCCAGGUAGUGUACAAGGAUGGAUUGCAUUAA